AUGGAGUCAAUGACACCUAAAGAAAGAGAAGAACUUGAAGAACUCAAAGAUGCUCUAGUUUAUUCUUAUCAACAUGUUGAAGAAUAUAAAGAAUACCUUAAAGUCCUCAGAGACGAACACAAUCCUACGAUCAAGAUCUACGAUGCCCUCAUUGACUUCUAUCGUAGACGUCUUGCAGGUCAUGAAUAA